UCCCCACGUUCCGUACGCACAGCGGAUUUGCAUCAAACUGGCAUGCGUUCUUUGAGUUUCCAAGAUGGCGGCUAUUCGAACUCGACCUUUGGAAAACUUGUUGAAGUUUAAGCCAAAAAACAAGGAGAAAAGGAAAGUGAUUUACAAAAAGCUCAUCACUGCUCUUGUGCAAUAUGAAAGAAUAGAAACAACCAUCAACAGAUGCCACGAUUUGUCAAGAGUGGCGGAAAGGAUGAUUGAUCUUGCUAAAGAAGGAGACGAGGAAACCAUUAACAGCUGGAUCACAAAAAAGGAGCUGAUACCAAAAGUGUUUGGGUAUCUUUUACCCCGAUACCAAAAUCAAGUCAAUGGCUACACGAGGGUGUACCAAAUACCUCCUCGAAAAACUGAUAUGGCCAAGAUGGGAAUUGUGGAAUUUGUUGGAAAUAAUCUUCCUCCUCUGUUACCCUCAGAUGAAGAACUUAGAAAUUUAAAACUGCAGAAGCUGCAAGAACUGAGUGCAAAGUCCAAGGGAAUUCCUAUCAAAGGAACUCCUGUGUAAUUAAAACAAAAAUGUGGACUUGCACAAGGAUGUGGCAGUUAGACACUGGGGAAGAGAGGCGGUAGUUAACUGAGGGGAGGGAGGGAGAGAUGAGAUGAGAUGGCGUUAGACAAAACAGUCGUCAGAUAUACAACUGAAAGUGCUUGAGACUUUUCAUGUAAUCAUACAACAACAUGAAUGCUCGUGUCUUCAUGGGCAUUCCUAGAGUUUUUUUGUCGGUUGGCAUGAGAAUUUACAUCUUUAUUGAUUGCUCAAAUACAUAGCCUGCAUAGCAGGCGUUUUCUAAAGAGCACAUUAAGGGAAAAACUGCGAGGGAGUGUGAAAAAUAACGUGAACAGAACAAAAUUGCAAGCGAGUGGAAAAAUAAGGAGCAGGGUUAGGGGGAAAGGAAAGGAAACAUCUGCUAUGUGGGCUAGCAUGUACAAGGAUCUGUGUUUGGAGGGAAAUUCAAGGGGCAAGGACCCAGGGGAAGGGACCCCCAUA